AUGUCCAGCAUUCUUCACAAGGUCAAGGAUGCCGUGACCGGCCAUCAUGAUAAGGAGACCACCCAUAACUCCACCCAUGACUACUCCAAGACCUCCAACAAGAUCGAUGAUACCCGGGAUACUUACGGAUCCUCGAACAACACCGCGGAUAACAGCAAAUACAACACUUCAACCAACACAGGUUCCAACACAGGUUCCAACACCGCAGGCUCCAACACUUAUGGCUCUGGCUCUGGCGGCUAUGAGAAUACAUCUACUACCGGUACUGGAGGCUACGGCUCUGGUGCUAAUACCGGCUCUACCACUGGCCAAGGCCACAGCUCUGGCACUAGUGGCCUAAACUCUGGCUCCGGCUAUGAGAGAGGUACCUCGACUGGAGCUGGAAACUACGGCACUGGUAGCACUGGGCACGGUGGCUCCGACACCAUCCAUGACUCCAAGAAGGGUCCCAUUGAUGUCGGUUCAGGAACAUCCGGGAACUACGGAUCUAACAGUGCUGGCGGAUAUGGCUCCAACACUGGCUCCAGCAACAUCAACGACCUCGACAACCGAGGAACGCACGCUGGAUCCACCAGCUCCAACAACCCCUUGUCUGGUGGUCGAGACACCUACGGCAGCAGCACCACUGGCCGUUCUACUGGAGAGACCGGCUACGGCUCUAGCACCGGUCACUCUUCUGGACAUCACUCUUCUGGACAGACUGGCUACGGCUCUGGGAACACUGCCGACAACUAUGGCAGCACCACUGGCCACUCCACAGGACAGUCCGGCUACGGCUCCGGCAACCCUCUGUCCAGCGGCACAACCGGUCACUCUUCCGGACAGACUGGCUACGGCUCCAGCACCGGUCACUCUGGACAGGCCGGCCACUCCACCAGCCAUGGCUCCAGCAACCCCUUGUCUGCCAGCGACACCUACGGUAGCAACACCACUGGCCGCUCCACCGGACAGACCGGCUACGAGUCCAACAACCCUUUGUCUAGCAGCACCACCGGCCACUCCACCGGUCACUCUUCUGGACAGACCGGUUAUGGCUCCAACAACCCUCUCUCUAGCAACACCGCCAGCCACUCCACUGGACAGUCCGGCUACGGCUCCAGCAACACUGCCGACAACUAUGGCAGCACCACUGGCCGCUCCACUGGACAGUCCGGCUACGGCUCCGGCAACACUGCCGACAACUACGGAAGCACCACUGGUCGCUCUACCGGAGAGACCGGCUAUGGCUCUAGCACCGGUCACUCUUCUGGACAGACUGGCUACGGAUCCAGCAACACUGCCGACAACUAUGGCAGCUCCACUGGCCACUCCACUGGACAGUCCGGCUACGGCUCCGGCAACACUGCCGACAACUAUGGCAGCUCCACUGGCCACUCCACUGGACAGUCCGGCUACGGCUCCGGCAACACUGCCGACAACUAUGGCAGCUCCACUGGCCACUCCACUGGACAGUCCGGCUACGGCUCCAGCAACACUGCUGACAACUAUGGCAGCACCACUGGCCGCUCUACUGGCCAGUCCAACUAUGGCGAUAAUUCCGGAGCCAGUGGUAGCAACUACACCGAGCAUACCUCAAAGACUGGAAAGACCACUGGCCCCCACGGCUCUGACCUCUUGAACAAGCUCGACCCCAGAGUUGAUGCGAAAGAUGCCCUCGGCAGUCAGCGCAACUACUAG